AUGUCGCACCUCAGCCAGGUGUCUCUGCUUAAUAUUCGUAACAUGAUUGCAUAUUGUUUCUCCCAGGAACGUUCCUACAAGCCUACCAUUGCUGUGGAUCAGAUGGCUGUUCAAUUUGUUUUGGAGGGCAACCUUUUGCAUGAAGACUCUGAUGAGGCUCGUAGACAGAGGGCCAAGGAGGGUCUCCCUGAGGAAACUGCGGCAGUCGAUACUGGAGUGGAACCUGAUGAGGAGGAACCAGAAACAUCGGAUACACCCGUAGAGGAUGGAGGGGAAGUGGAGGAAGCAGGAGAAGAGGACAGACCAGACAGUGUCGCCUCUAAAACCGACAGGAAGGAGCCAAAAGUUACUAACCAGUUCAACUUCAGUGAGAGGGCCUCCCAGACCCUCAACAACCCACUGCGGGAAAGAAGCUGCCAGACUGAUCCUCCUCCACGCGGCACCUUCUCCGCCACAGCUACUCAGUGGGGCAUCUAUGAUGCGUAUGUGGAGGAGCUGCAGAAACAAGAAACAAAUAAAGAGAAGCAGAAGGCUGUAGCAUCAAAGAAAGAUAAUGACAAAGGCACAAAGAAGACGCUGCUGAUGGAGACUCAGACUGAUGACAUCACCAAAGUGGGAAAGGCGGCCAAGAUCAUGGAACGAAUUGUCAAUCAGAACACUUUUGAUGACAUAAUUCAAGAUUUCAAAUACUUUGAGGACCCUUCUGAUGAGUUCAGGGGCCAGAAGGGCACCCUUCUCCCUCUGUGGAAGUUUCAAUAUGACAAAGCUAAGGGACUGUCUGUCACUGCCCUCUGCUGGAAUAAGAAAUAUCAGGACCUUUUUGCUGUGGGAAUGGGAUCGUACGACUUCAGUAAGCAGGGGCGUGGCAUGCUAGUCUACUACUCCUUGAAGAACUCUUCCUACCCAGCGUACAUCUAUCCCACCCCUUCUGGCGUCCUGUGCCUCGACAUCCAUGAGCAGCAUUCCUACCUGGUGGCCGUUGGCCUCUAUGACGGCUGUGUGGCUGUCUACAACAACAAGAAGAAGGAUGGAUCGGAGCCUAUGUAUAAGAGUACAGCUAAGACUGGCAAGCACACAGACCCCGUAUGGGAGGUGCGCUGGCAGAGCGAUGACAUGGACAAUAACCACAAUUUCUGUUCAGUGUCAUCUGAUGGACGAGUUGUGUCCUGGACUCUAGUCAAGAAUGAGCUGGUCUUUACAGAUAUUAUCAGGCUGUCACUGAAUGGUGCUGUCUCCGAGGGCCCGAAUCAGCUGCCUGCCAUCGCCUGUGGUACCUCGUUUGACUUCCAUAAGCAGAUCGACUAUCUCUUCCUUGUUGGCACCGAGGAGGGAAAAAUACACAAGUGCUCCAAGACUUACUCAAGCCAGUUCCUGGAGACCUAUAAUGCCCACAGCAUGACAGUGGAUGCAGUGAAGUGGAACCACUUCCACCCCAAGGUUUUCAUCUCCUGCAGUUCAGACUGGACCGUCAAAAUCUGGGACCAUACCAUCAACACUCCCAUGUUCACCUUUGAUCUGAAAGCAGCAGUUGGUGAUGUUGCCUGGGCUCCAUACUCCUCCACUGUAUUCGCCGCUGUCACAACAGACGCAACGGUCCAUGUCUUUGACCUCAGCAUCAACAAAUAUGAGGCCAUUUGCCAGCAGCUAGUGGCGGCCAAAAAGAAGACCAAGCUGACUCACAUCGAGUUUAAUCCCAUCCAUCCUAUCAUCAUAGUGGGCGAUGACCGAGGCAACGUCAUCAGCCUCAAACUCUCCCCGAACCUCCGCAAGAAACCCAAGGUCAAGAAGGGUCAGGAUCAGCCUAAGGAUUCAGAAAUGGAAGUAGCCAAGAUGGAGAAGCUCCUCAGUCUGCUGAGGGAACCGGAGCAAAGCACAGUUUAACACGGUCGUCGUGUCGUUCAUAAGAAAGACGGUUCAGUUGCUCAGUGUGUGCAACAUUAAACAGCAUUUCAAGAAAAAACGAUUUGUAUGAGUUUAUUAAAAAGGUUUUCAUGUCAUCUCUCUUAAGCUGUCAAUACAUUAAUUAUAUUCAGUUAAUAAUGCAUGUAUUCAUACUGCAGUACAUGUCAAACAGGCAACGUUAGAAUUCCAAUGCAUUGAUUGACCUCUUCUGCAGGAUGUAUUAAACACGUUCAGUAUGUAUUGUACAAGUUAAUAAAGCUAAAAAGUGAAGGGGGUGAGUUACUGCGAGUUAGACAUAAAUGAGCGUAAUAGAUUAAGCAUUUAUGGAACAUAUCCAGACAAACUAUCUUGGAUGGCACACGCCGUCCUGGGCAGCGGUCCAGCUGGAAGCCUUUGAAUAUCCCAUCUACAUCUUUGCUUUGAGUCAUGGCUGUCUCUAUCUUUAUUUUGCCUUUUCCUCCAUUCCUCUCGGUCCUAAUGAUCUUGUCCUUCAGUAAAGCACCACCCAGUGCUCUGAAGCUCAACUGGAAUCAAAUGCUGCCACAGUGCUGUCUUUCUUCCCCCCUCUGCUACAGAGAAAUCCUCUGCCCUUCACAUCUUCCUGCGAACACAUGCAGCUCUCUCUCCCUUAAGUGUGAUUCAUUACUUCGAUGGCUGCUCCAUCACCUUAUUUUUUACAGACAAUGCGUAACAGAUUACUCUGGCAUUGGGGUUCAAAUGAGAUUUCAGCUGCACCAGUUACCUUGUUACUGUGGUAAUAAGAAGCAUUAUGCAGGUUUGGGCAAAUAACUGUUGGUUUUAUUUUAAGUUUUGUUGAUUGUUUUGUCAUAUUUGGGUUGAAUGGAAAUUUGGUCCAGUAGUUAGAAUCAGAGGUCACAAUGUCAUGGCAACAACAGAAGUAUUCCCAGAGUGUACCUGUAGAAAUAUUUCAGUGAUGAAUGUUUUUGUAAUAACGCAAUGUACCUUGCUGUCAGUCACAGUGCAAUGUUGGCACUCUGACUGGCAAAGUUGGACAUUUUCUUUCUCUACACACACAGCAGAAGCUUUAUUAGACAUAUGUACUACUUGCUUGCUUUUGUUGUGUUGCAUGGUAGUGAGACAUUUCACCUGGAUCGCCUCUUAAAGUAGGCUUUGGCAAUAUGUCAAUAAUAUAUCAAUAUUGUGAUACGACACUGGAUAUCGUCUUAGAUUUGGAGUAAGUUCAUUGUCAUAAUCUGGUAUUGCUAUUUAAGCUAACUUGAAUUCUGUUUUCCAACUUACUUUACUGAAACGCAGUCAUCUCGGGUUUGCUUUAUUCCCAGCUUUCCAAAUUCCAAAGGUAAUUGCAGCAUCAGUGUGUAACUCUAGUUAGCUGAAAGCCUUGAAGGUAAAGUUUAACAUACACAUCAUAAUAUCUUUUUAACUCUACAACAUGCCUUGUUGAGUCUGAAGUAGCAUCUCCAGUGAUCGUGAUUAAAUGCUUAAGUAUACGUGUGGUGGGAAAACGUGCACAGCUUCUGUUCGCCAUCUGUAGAAUUCCACAUGAUUGAUCCCUUUAAGUGUCCGUCCUGUGAUUCAGUCCAGAGUGAGUGGGCCAUGACGUACAGCCACAAGCAGAUGUCAGUGUGAGGGCCGUGUUGAAGAGGAAACAAAUCUCAUCUAAGCCUCUCCAGUCCUUAUGUAACACCCUCAGCAGGGCGCUAUGCCGCACGUAUUUAUGAGUGACAAUGACACACACACACACAGAAGCUCAAGUCCAUGCUCUCAGCAAUAUACUGGGGUUCUUGUUUUUUUUCGAGAAUAAGAGGAUAUAUUUAGAAACCUAAAACAACAUGCUAUUCGCUCUUUGUGUAAGGAACAUUUCAUUAUUUUGGCCUUUUUGAAUCAAGCAUCCAUAUUUAUGGCCAUGCAAUUUUUGUCGAACUGUGUGUUGAACGCAUCGCCAUUCCUCCAUGCUAAAUGAUCGAAUAAGUGAUGGUUGAAAGAAGUGUCUCCUCACUCCACCAUAAUUCAUCCUCGCCAUUUUUGUGAUGCACAGCCACUCAGACCAGAAGCUAAUUUGAAUAAGAACCACUAACAGGUCCCGUUGCUCCCUCAGUCCUCUCUCCAGUGGAGGUGUGCACCGAGACGAUCGCUUGUUGCUACAUUUGACUCUUC